GCUAGGUUGUCAGCCUGAUUUAUAAGUGGUCGGUCUAUUUAAAGAGUUUAAACCUGUUUCCUCAUGACGAAAAUCCCUAAUACCAACUGCAGUGGCCGUAGAUCAUGCUAAGUACACGACGUAAAGCAUAUGCGAAGAGAUCAAGAACGGGGUGUCGCACUUGUCGCGCUCGCCAUGUCAAAUGUGACGAAUCGCCGGGUGCGUGUCAAAACUGCAUUUCUACUGGUCGAACAUGUGGGGGAUACGAGGUACAUCGGCUGCCUCGUGGGCGCGCAUCCAAGAAAAUCCCAAUAGAGUACUCGAUACUCCCACGGAUUGCACACGGGCUCUGUUGGGUCGUAACCUCGGAUGAAAGCCGAUGUCUUUCUUUUUUCCAGCACCGGUCCAUUCCCGGCUUGGUCGGCUUUUAUGACUCGCCACUUUGGCAGCAUCUGGUUCUCCAAAUGAGCUACUCGGAGCCUGCCGUGUAUCAUGCCGUAGUUGCACUGGGUGCAAUCAACCACGCCCAGGAGAAGACCGGGAUACCACGUCCAGGGCAGCCUCGGCAGAAUAUCUGGUAUCAGUUUGCCCUCGAGCAAUCUGCCCGCUCAAUUACGUUGCUAAAUAAACGCCGCAUGUCGCAGGACCCAAAGCUACAGGAAGUGAUAUUGGUCUGCUGCCUGUUAUAUAUCACAUGCGAGCUAUUGCGCGGCCACUAUGAUAAUGCAUGUGCGCACAUCUUUGGUGGAUUGCAGAUCCUAAAGGAGCUGAACAUUCGGAGACGCAUCUCAGGCGUCUGCGUAUCCCCCGUCGAACAAUGUGUGGUCGAGACCUUCUUGCAUCUACAAAUGCAGUCCGCCUUCUUCGGGACCGGGGCGCCGUUAACUGUCGAUCGAGACCUCGUAUAUGAGCAAUCAUAUGAGGAGUACCUGCUUAUAUUUCGAAGUCUGGAAAAUUCGCGACUGGCCUCUAACCCACUCCUUCAUACCGCCUUUCCUUUCGUGUCAUACUGCAUGCGUCGGUCAGAUGCAGAUAUCAUGGCUGAAUAUGGCACGUUGCAGCAAACCCAGCUGCAACUCCUUUCCUACCUGACCCGAUUCCUUCGGUUGCUCAAGCUCCUGUCAGAUGAAUCGUACAGAUCACUAAAUGACAAAGAGCAAUUGGAGGUCGACAUGACGAACCUGCUAUGCGUUACUGCCGUCCAUGCGCUCAAGACCUGUCUUUGCAGCAAGAGUAGUCCGUUGCCACAGGACCUUGUCCUGGGCAGUCGCACACUGCUUUCAUUGGCAGAAGCUGCCACCAGCAAGUUCCAAGCACGUCCAACUAUCAUGCUGGAUAGCACUAUCGUCCCGGCAUUAUUUUUCGCAGCGUUCCGUUGUCCCGACUAUGGCGUUCGCUGGAGGGCAAUAGACCUUCUACGAUCUUGGGAGCACUCCGAGGGGUUUCUGAACGCCGCUGUUGUGGCAGAUGUACUGGAACAGAAUCUGAGGAUUGAGCUGAAUCACCUGAGAGAAACUAAGGUUUCCACUUGUCGCUUAUUACCGCCGCGUCUGUCCUUUGUGACUAAACGACAUGGGCAAAGCUUUGCACGCAUGUCGUACAUGGUUGGGGAGACUGAGAUAACACGGUGGCUGAACCUUGGGACAACUUCCUUUUUGUAUGCCUCUCUGGGGACUGUACAGUCUUCUUGGGAGUGGUCCUGUGUUCGGUAUAAUCAGCAUCAAUCGUCUCCUGCUCUGUCUGGAUACGGUUAUAACC